AUGGAUGGCGAUGCACCAAAGUCAAAGGUAUCUUUAAGCAACAGGCAAAUUGAGUUGAUAUCCGGAUUAAGUGCAGGGUUCUCAACAACCAUAAUUACUCAUCCUUUGGAUCUUAUUAAAGUGAGGUUACAACUUUCUACAAAUCAACCAGGAAAACCAUUUGAGGCUCUCACCAAUGUAUUCCGAAAGAUUCAUAGAGAUGGGUUCAUAUCCUCUUCUCUCAUACGCCAUUACAAGUUAUUCCACAUCAUGAAACAAUAUUAUAGAGGCAUCACACCCAAUUUGAUAGGUAAUAUAUCCGCUUGGGGCUUGUACUUUGCGCUUUAUGCAGAAUUUAAGACUCACUUGAGGAUGUCAAAUGAAACAACUAAUUAUUUUGGAUCUUCGAUGCUUGCUGGGAUAUCUACAAGUAUAUUGACAAACCCCAUUUGGGUACUUAAGACUAGAAUAUUGGGAACUUCUCGAAGUCAGGGCGCAGCAUAUAAAUCAACUGUUGAUGGGAUAAGGCAAAUAUUGAGAGAUGAAGGAGCCAGGAGUUUUUGGAAAGGUACGAUUCCCAGCAUGUUUCUGGUACUUCAAGGAAGUCUUCAAUUCACUUUCUAUGAUCACCUCAAGGACUUUUUUGACAAGAGGAGAGGACGAGCAGACAGAAAGAGGCAGAUUUCUACGCAAGAGUAUCUUUAUUCGUCAGCCAUUUCGAAGAUUCUUAGCAUGGUGAUUAUGUAUCCAUCACAAAUUGUUAGAUCUAGAUUACAAUUUCAUACUAAACUGGGAGUAAAGGUAACCAUCAGCUCUACAAUGAGACAGCUAUGGGAAAAUGAAGGUCGGAUUAAAGCUUUCUACAAGGGGUUGAGUGCAAAUGUUUUACGGGUUGUUCCUGCAACUUGUAUUACAUUCUUGGUGUAUGAGACUGUCAAAGACUUGUUGCACUCAGAGAACGAGGAACAAUAA